CUGGCACUUUCUAACUGUAUAUGAGCUAAAUUAUACCCGGAGGCUGUUACAAGUAAUAAAUAGUAUCUAUUCAAAGAGGUAUGCUAGGGAAUUGCAGUAGAGUGGUAUCUCGUACAGCCUUCAACUAUCGAACCAGUUUUACUCAUCGAAGCUUGCAAUACCCGCUGACUAGCACAAUUUACACUCUGUCUGGUGUACACCAAAAUACACUCUCGCCGACAUCCAAGCACUUAGGCUACUCUAAUAAACACGUGGAUACAUUUCUUGGACUCAAUCAGCCUCGCAUAAUCCGCAGUAUGACCACUGAUACUGAGACUGUAGACGUGCCCCUGCAAGUGGCAGGGGAGUACGGGUACUCUAAGACUGUAAAUCCGGAAACACAUGUGGGCGGUUGGCUGGCUUUCCGGGGUGACCCAAAUGUGCCUGCGUCAGGGCCUGGUAACAACUGGACAGAUGAGGUAGAGGUUGACCAAGCGAUGGAAUUCAGACCAAACGGAGCAAUAAUAGAACACAAGCCCAGGAUUUUAGUCUUGUACGGAUCUUUGCGCGAGAGUAGUUUUUCCCGUAAAUGUGCGUAUGAGACUGCACGUUUGCUUGAGCGCAUGGAUUGUGAUGUGCGUGUGUUCAACCCGAGUGGGCUGCCUGUGCGUGAUCCUACCCUAGAGGAAUUGCCCAAGGUUCUGGAGCUCAGAGCGUUGACACAGUGGAGUGAAGGACAUAUCUGGGUAUCGCCCGAGAUGCACGGAACGAUCACCGGUGUAUUCAAGAACCAGAUCGACUGGAUACCGCUCAACACAGGAUCAGUACGUCCCACUCAGGGUCGUACAACAGCUGUGUUCCAGGUCAACGGAGGUUCUCAGUCCUUCAACGCCGUCAAUGAGCUGCGUAAACUAUCACGGUGGAUGCGAAUGCCAUGUACAACCAACCAAAGUUCCGUGGCAAAGGCGUGGCAAGAGUUUGACAGCGACGGGCGCAUGAAGCCCAGCGGGUUCAGGGAGCGCGUGGUGGAUGUAUGCGAAGAGUUUGUUAAGUUCACACGUAUCAUGCGUGAGCAAGUAGGCUUACUCAACAACAGACAUAGCGAGCGAAAGGAGACGCUGGAGAAGGGUCGUUUGCUCACACAGGAAGAGAAGGAGAAAGAGAAGGCAGAGGCCGAGAAACUUAAGUUGCUUUCACAGGUAUCGGCUAUGAAUCAGGAGUAGUCGUGCAUAUCGAAUGGUGUGGUCGAGUCAUAGGGCAUGAUGUAAAUCAGUAGCGCUAGGCAGUUGUCAUUAGUAGGGGGAGUGUUGCAAGAGCAAAGACACUGGAGAGAUCGAUAUCCUGGCUAAUAUUGCUUACUAGCUAGUAAUUUUGUAUCUAAAUAAGCUUAACUUAGGUACUGGAGUCUUCGUUGAUAAAAUAAAAUAGGAACACAC